AGUAACUACUAUGGUUCUCUCGUUUCCUCCACAUUUGCAUAGCAAUUAUCCCAUCAUUUAAUCCUCGCGAGUCAUAAUUCUUCUGGUAUCCCGGCCAGCGCCUGGAGGGAGCUUCCUGCAUGCUAAAGGGCAUGCGACGGAAUCAUGUCGUCGCCGGCAGAUCCAUAGUCUCUUCGCUCUCAUCCUUCACGCCGACAAUCCCCUUUCAUCGUCGUCUCGUCAAUGCUAGAUGGAGUCUAAUUCGAAAAUUUACCGGCGAUGCCUCCUGUCAGGCAAAACAUGGCAUCAAUCGGCCGUCAUUCGUCAAGGAUCGGCUGAUUGCCGCCCAGCGAGCUGUAGGAGAUGAUGUCCCUGGUGAUGGGGUGGAUGCAGACUAUAAGAGCAUUAUCAGCCUAAGUCAAGGAAACAUUCCCCCGGGAGUGCUCGCUGCCAUCGGUCAUGCCUGGCAUUAUGUCGGGCGCAUGAUAGAAAUCGAGCAUAAGCCGUUACCGUCCGCGAAACUUCGACACGAUUCAUAUCCCGCCUCACCGAAUGUGUUGAACGCGUUUUGGCGGUCCCUGACGGUCGAUUUUACUCCACCCAAUUCCGAUCGGUAUAACCGGAGAGACCGGAUUGUCCGCGCCGCAAAGAAUGCCAUGUCGAAAAAGGUGUCCCCCGACUCCCCUGAAGCGCUGGAGCAGGUGAUCCGAUCCGAAUUCUAUAUAUGGUAUGCCGAGUCCCAAUACUCCGGCAUCGACUGGGAGUUGGUGACGAAGGCGGCAAACCUUCGAUAUCCCAACGAAUGGUUUGCAUGGGCGCGUCGCAUGCGGAGGAAAAUCGUUCUACACAUCGGACCGACGAAUUCGGGAAAAACCUACAACGCGUUGAAGAGGCUCGAGCAGGCGCAAUCGGGAAUCUACUGCGGUCCUCUGCGGCUCCUGGCCCACGAGGUGUAUACCCGGCUAAAUGCGCAAGGCACGAAAUGUGCCCUGUUAACCGGCGACGACAGAAGAUACCCGGACAACGACCAGUCCGUGUCCAAGGUGAGCUGCACGGUGGAGAUGGCGCCGAAAAAGGCCGUAGACGUCGUGGUUGUCGAUGAGAUCCAGAUGAUUGGGGACGACUAUCGGGGCGGUGGUUGGACAGACAUCAUUCUCGGUGCGGAUGCCAGGGAGUUGCAUUUAUGUGGUGAGGAGCGUGCACUGCCCAUCAUCCAGAAGCUGGCGGCGUUUACCGGUGACGAACUGGAGAUUCACCGAUACAAGCGACUGAGCCCUUUAAAAGUUGCGCCCAAGAGCCUCGAUGGAGACUUGAAGAAAUUGCGUAAAGGAGACUGUAUGGUCUGCUUCUCCGUCGUGCAGAUCCACAGGUUGAAGCGUAAAAUCCAGAUUUUGACCGGGAAGAACGUCGCAAUCGUAUAUGGCGCACUGCCCCCUGAGACUCGUGCACAACAAGCGAAACUGUUCAAUGACCCGGACAAUGAUUACGACUAUCUUGUGGCUAGCGAUGCUGUUGGAAUGGGGCUUAACCUGAGCAUCAAGCGCGUGAUUUUCCAUACCCUGUCCAAGAAGCAUCAGGGAGGUCGACGGCAACUGUUUAUCAACGAGAUCAAACAGAUCGCGGGCAGAGCUGGGCGAUAUCGCGCUGCUAACCAAGAUGUGAAAACUGGGACCCCCGAACCGGAGAGUAUCGCCUUGGAUGCCGAAAUUCCGAUCGAAGUAGAAGGCUCUGCCAAAAUCGAUGAUAUCGAUGCUUCGCCUGCAGCCGAUGAUGAACCAUUGGGCGAGACUACGGAUUCCAAUAGAGAAGAAAAGGUCGCGCCAAAGAAUUCGAAAACCAUCGGUUGGGUAACCACCCUCCUAGAAAAAGACCACCCCAUCCUCGUGGAGGCCAUGGAAGGCGAGGCCGAACCGAUCGAAACCGCCGGCCUCCAACCCCCUUCCUGGAUGCUCCACGACUUUGCCGGCUUCUUCGAACCGGGGACCCCGUUCAGCUACAUUUAUCGCAAGCUGGUCGAACACUCCCAACUCAGCUCCGUCUUCCACUUCUGCGACAUCGACGAGAAGCUCGCCAUCGCCGACGCCAUCGAAUCCGUCGACCUGACCUUCACCGACCGCACGGUCUUCAGCCUCGCGCCUGCCGGCCGCAGCCCGUUCCUCAUCAAGAUCAUCGUGGCGCUCGCGCGCUGCGUGUCGGAAGGACGCACGGUGACGAUCGCGGACAUGGAGGAGAUUCCGCUGGAGGCGCUGACGCCAGGCCCGGAGAACUCGGCGCUGGGUCUGAGCGCGCUGGAGGAUCUGCAUAAGGCGAUCGUGCUGUAUCUGUGGCUGAGUUAUCGAUUCAACGGGGUGUUCACGGCGCGGGCAAUGGCGGUGAAGGCGAAGGAGAUGACGCAGGAGCAGAUUGAGAAGUCGCUGGGGACAUUGGCGGCGAUGACGGGGCGGGAGCGGUGGGAGGAGAAGCAGAGGCAUUUGCAGGAGCUGGCUAAUGCUUUGCUGGAUCAGACGGCGAAGGAUGGGGUUUCGGACCCGAAGACUUCGAGAGAUGAGGAAGGUCAGCGUGAUGGGGCAGAUGGUGAACCGUUGGCUUAUAGGUCGUUUAAGUUCAACACGGAGCAAGAUAAACGUGUAGAAGAAAAGGAAAGGAAGAGCAUUGGUACUAGCACGUAGUGGAGGAAUUAUUGUACAUAUCCGUCGAAUCUCAGCCAUGAACACUUCUCACCAAGUAGUUCACGAACCACGAUUCAUCAUCCA